AAAGCGAAAGGGAAAUGGUUGGCCAAGCACGUUUCAGAGACCGCGGCCCGGAGUAGCCGCCUCUGCCGGGAGCCCAUGCAGCUGUGGCGUUUGCUUUUUUUCUGCCUGCUCCCCUCCUUCGGGAAUGGCGCCAAGCCCGAGGCCACCGAAGCCUGCGAAGGCCGCUGCCGCCGCCACAGAAGCAGCAGCAGUCUCAAACGCAGCCCUUCCUGGGCCGGCGAGUGGAAGAAGGAAGCUGCCCUGCGGGAAAGUGUUAAAAGAAUUAAGAAUUUGAAUUCAUUCUCACCAAGGAACAACAUCACGGCUUUCUAUGGAAUAAAUCAGUUCUCCCACUUAUUGCCUGAAGAAUUUAGAGCUGUUUACUUACAAAGUAGACCUUUUCCAGUUCCCAAAUACAUUCCAGAACCAAAGGGAACACAAGUAUCCUUACCAGCAAGGUUUGACUGGAGAGAUAAAAAUACUGUUACACCAGUGAGAAAUCAAGAAACUUGUGGAGGCUGUUGGGCUUUCAGUGUUGUUGGCAGCAUAGAGUCUGCCUAUGCAAUGAAAGGGAAUAUUCUGGAAGAACUCAGUGUACAACAGGUUAUUGAUUGUUCAUACAACAACAAUGGGUGCAAUGGCGGCUCUACCAUCAAUGCUCUGAAUUGGCUAAAUCAGACCCAUGUGAAACUAGUGAGAGAUUCCGAGUAUUCUUUUAAAGCUCAAACAGGUUUAUGUCAUUAUUUCAGUCGAUCGGAUUUUGGAGUCUCAAUCACAGGGUACGCUGCAUUUGACUUCAGUGUGCAGGAAGAAGAAAUGAAAAAGAAACUUGUUAAAUGGGGUCCUUUGGUGGCAAUUGUAGAUGCAGUUAGCUGGCAAGAUUACCUGGGUGGCAUCAUACAGCAUCACUGUUCUAGUGGAGAAGCAAAUCAUGCUGUUCUCAUAACUGGCUUUGAUACAACAGGUAGCAUCCCCUAUUGGAUUGUACGGAACUCUUGGGGACGUUCAUGGGGAAUAGACGGCUAUGCUCAUGUUAAAAUAGGUUCCAAUGUCUGUGGUAUUGCUGAUGAUGUUUCUGCUGUGUUUGUGUGAGGUGGUGAGCCUAAAUGAAGGAUAAGUGGCAAUAAUUUUUAUCAUUACUUGGUUUGAAGGCAUUUCAUUCUUAAGAAGGGGCAUUCUGAUGAGCUUCAUAACUGACAUGGACUGAGCGUCGUCUUCUAUCCUGUUCUUCACAAAUAUUCAUACUUGGAAAUUAACACUUCUAUUCUAAUCAGCUUUACACAGUGAUCUUAGAAAGGCGUGACUCUGGCACUGUCAAUAGCAUUCACUGGACAGUGCUGUUUAUUGUUAUCACUUGUAGGCAAAAGUUGGCACUCGUGUCUCACUUCCACUUGUCCAAAUGCUUCAGAUGAGGGCUUUGAGCCAAUGUUGCCCAUUAAGUAGAGAACUAGACCUUGACCAGACUUCAUCAGAUAUACUGCAUUUAUUAGUGUCCCCAUUGGACAGUCACUCUAUUCUGCCUUAACUCCCUAUCAAUAAAAUGGUUGCAACAGUGACCCAUCUCAGACGGUUGUGAAGAAAGGCUGCAGUCUGAAUGGAUUCCAAAAUGAAGCCAGCUACAUAAAUAGACCUCGUCAUGCAAAAGAAGAUCAGAAAGUCCUUUGCACAUCAAAGUAGAAAUAAUAAAUGUUUCCCCAGGUAGAAUAUAAAUAUUUUGAUCAAUAAAUAAUGUUGUAAAUAUUUAUAGUAACACAAGUAUCAACAUUUUGAAAUUUAGAUACUAACAUUUGAUGAAGGAAUUUCAAUACAAAUCAUGGUUUAACAGUCUGUUUUGAUGAAAACAUUUCUAUUUUUAGCUGAGAUGUAAAAACUAUUUUUGUAUACACAAGUUAAUAUUUGCUAAUUUUUAUAAUAAAGGUUACAUGGGAAAUA